GCCCUUCAAGGAUCUCUGCCCGUUAUAUCUCCGAGCACAGGCGACCACCGUGAUUCGGUGGUGACCUAAGGCUGUGGGAGACUUGCCGUGGCACGCUGCCACGUGCACAGAGCAUACGCGAGCACUGCCUUGCACUGCCUGCGCUGAAGCUCUGAGGGGGAGUCUGGAGCUCCCGAGCACCAGAAGCCGUCCCUGAGUGACGCCUGAAACCGGAGCUCUGAGGGGACACCCCGCAGAGUCCUGAGCACCGACUGGAGUGUACGUCGUAACCCGACAGAGGACCCUGCUUCUGUGACAUCGAGGCGCAAAGCCAAACAACAGCUGCCAUCCUGCAGGCGCUGCACGGUCUCGCCGCCGCGGGCACCCCGCCUCAGCCUGACCCCCCCCCCAGCUGCGGGAAGAUGCUCCGGGACCCCGUGCCGCACCCAUGCCGACGCCCCCCCUUGUGGACCUGCACCGGCCCCCCCCACGGCCGCAAACCCGGUUUCCCCCGCGCUCCCCACGCCCGAGCCUUCUGGCCGCAUGGUGGACGCGGCCGCCAUGUUGGCUCGGCAUGCCAACUCCAUCACGCGCCCCGCACAUGUGCAGUUCACGCUACCCGCGGACCAAACGGCCCACGCCGAUGCCACCGUGCCCCCGAUGCAGCCUCUCACUUCCCACGCGCCCCAUGCUGCGGUCUACGCUCAGCUGAUGUCCCCGCGCCCCCCCAUGCCAGCGCCACAGCCCACGGUCCUGGCUGCACAGCCCCAGCAACCUCUGCCGCCAGCGCCGCCUGGUUUACCAACUCUACCACCGUAUCCAUCCGCAUGGGCCAGAUCCUGUUACAGCCUCAUCACUAAUAGUCCUCCCUACUCCGCCUCCCUUGUGCUUCUGGAAACCCCAGCCUCACAGCUACCAGCAGCCCCUGCACGACUGCACCCUCCACCCACCCUCCACCCCCCAACGACUCUGCUCGCAACACCACAAUACGAAUCCACAUCAUCCUAUGCAUGUCCCUCCGCGUCCCUUCCUCCGCCAGAUCUACAUUCUACAGCUUCAGCCAAAGCUCCAGGGUAUCCUUCCACAGAUGCAGGCUCUUCCCAGGUGCCUCUGCCGACAAGCUCCACCCCUCCUACUCUUCUGCCUCAGCUACCAGCAGUUUCUGCACCCGGUCCAAGCAGUACCUCACCACAGCUUGGCACAGGAACCAUGCAGCGAGAGGGAGAAGGAUGGAAUUUAGCAGCAACUUUGACAAAUAAAGGACAGACAGAGAACUAUUUUGCCUCUGCAAACCCUAACCCUCCUAUCCCGACUUUACAAAAUUCCCAGAAAGGUGUUGAUAAUCUCCAACUGACAGACUGGCAUGGAAUCAAAUGUGAUAGUCACAAAGAGGACAGUCUGAAUCCCCGAGCCAUGCCAGUGGUAUUCAGCCAGCAAACAGCUGUCCCAUCUCAGGAUGUGAAAGAAGUCCUAAAAGCGAUCAAGGACAGUGGUAUCUCCUUUUCCUAUUUUAAACCACUGUUAAAAGGUACCAUAGAAAAAACCAAACCUUAAAACGCAUUUUAAAUCGACAGAAAAGGGGAGUAGAUCAGGCUGCACCUCAAAGGAGGUUGCAUAAGGCUCUGUAUGUUUAUAAUUUUCUAAAUAGCUCUGCAGGAGAGCCUCACCCCCCCAUUUAUAGACAUUUUCUGAACAACAAAAAAGUAAAAAUAAAGGGACACCCCCCAGUUUUAAUCAAAAUCUUAGAUUCAGGACAUAUACAAGGUCCACACAAUCUUCUAAUAUGGGGGAAAGGUUUUGCUUGUGUUUCUACAGGUGAAGGAUUCAAGUGGGCCCCAGCAAAGAAUUUGAAGCCCUACCAUGCACCGAAAUCCGCUGGCACCCCCACACCAGGCAGUACUUCUGCAAGUACAAGCCAAGAAGCAAGCACCCAGACCUGAACUGCGCAGAGUCCUCAAGAGAAAAUGACCUGCCAGAAACAGCUCGAGAGAAAAAUGGACUUUUAUCAUUUAUAUGUGUGCAUGUUGCCUUUGUUCCUUCGUUUCAGUUUUUGUAUUGAAGUUUUACCUGUAAGUCAACCAAAGACAAAUGCCUGGGUUGCUUUAGCCAAGCCUGCAAGCUCUGGUACCAUCUGUGUAUCUGACACAAACCCUAACAAACCUUUUUCAACCCGUUUAAUUAUUAGACCUUUUCCAGAAAAUUCUGAUAAUGCCACCCCUACUAUAAUCAGUGAAUUGAUAACAAAUAAUCCAUCUCAGCUACACAGUUUAUUUAAUGGUUUGAGCCUUGCACCUUAGCUAAAGGAACUCUGUAAAAUAAGCUUGAUUGUUCCAGUAGUAAUAAGUAUAGUUUUAGUAGCAAUACAAGUACACCUCCAAGUGUGCAGAAAAUAGUGGUUAAGUCAAUAUUUAGUAUUUCAAAUGGUUCAGUGAAAAGAGGGGAGAUGUUGGG